UCUGAAGUAGAGCAUGUUUUGUAACGUUUGGGUUUUCCAAUUCCAGUUUAGGAAAUUAUUGUAAAUCAUAUAUGUAUAUGAUCAGUAAAAUGUUUCAUCGCAUCAUUGCAUCAAAAUAAAAAUAUAUCUAUGAUGUCACAAAUUAAAUUAGACAAUAGAAGAGGCUGUCAGUAGCAACAUGAUAAUACAAGAAAAUAACAUGGAAACAAAAUAUGACAACAUCUAAGAAUAUUUUUACAAUCCUACAAACAAAAUAUGGCCAGGGAGCCUUUCUGAAUGACGAACAUGCGUUUAAAUGUCGGGACAGUUUAGUCAGUUUAGUGCGUGAUCAUGGUAAUUACCGUGGAGUCGCUGAACGAAUUGCGAAGGAUGGAUUAUCGUUUUUUACGUCUACAAAAGAUGUCGCAUCAAAGGAAAAUGUUUUAUUUAUGGCUGCGCACGUUUGCUUCAAAUACAAUGUCGACAAUACGCCUCUUGUAAGAUCCCUUGUUGCCACAUCUAUCGUGGAACAAGGGAAUGUUGCGAUGUGGUUUAAUAAUCAGAACCUGAUCCUAUUGGGCGAUAUACCAGAAUCCCAGCACCAAAGAAAUGUAUUGUAUGAUUCUAGUCUCCAGCAGACCAAGAGCCAGAGACGUUCAAACAAUUUGGAUAUCCUGAAUUAUAUACUGUACCACGCAAGUGAUGUCCCUGUUAAGAGAUACAAAAGACGUAGACAUUUUGAACUUGUUGCGUUCGUUGAUGCGCCUGUGAAAGUAGUUUUUAGUGAACAUCUUACAACCCCACUUCUUAUUGCAUGCCGAAAAGUUCAUUCUGAUAUGGUUCUGCUCCUUUUGCGACACGGUGCAGAUCCGUUGCGUACUUUUGGUGAACACCAACAUCUAUUUCCGAAGUGUCCCCUUGAAAAUAUCAUUAUCCAAAUGAAUGGAAUGGGCCUUGUGUUCGACUUCAAUAACGCACAUCCGAGUAUGCGGUUCUUACAACAAUCUAAUCCUAUAAGAGUACGUCGAGAAUCAUCAAGGGAACGUAACUUACUACGAUGUCUCGCUUACUUCUGCCGCGUUAUGCCAACACUUCCUAUUACGAAUUCGAAAGCAUUGGAAAAUAUAUUAAAUCCAGCACCCAUGAUUGGAGUAAAGAGUACAAACAGUUCCGAUGAUAGAAUGUGGGUACAUCAGAGCUUCUACGAACGUGUAUCCCCGUAUCGUACACAUAAUCCACCAGAGUUGUUGCAUCUCGCCAGAGUUGUAAUUCGCAACGCAAUCAAGACGGCAUGGCACCCGCUACAUACAAGUGUCUUUCAAUUACCACUCCCGAGGAUUUUAAUGAAUUAUUUGGAUUUGCAAGAUGAUUAGGUCAAGCAAAUUCUGUUGUGCAUAUUCUUAGUACAUA